UAUCACUAUUGCGUGUGUGUGUCCUCGUUCAUGUCUACGCAAUCCGUGCGUCUCCAUUUUCCGUCUACAUCUGGCCCAUACCGUGCGCAUGGGAAAAGCGGCCCGGAAUGGAAUGGAAAGGAAUCCACUAGCAGCUCUUCGCUUCGUCUGAGCGCAGCGCAGUUCUGCUCCUGGUAUGGCCCGUUAAUAGGGUGACCUCUCACAAUCAUGCAGGCCUUUGGUACGUCGCUUCCCUUUUCUUUCGUUCGAGCAGUGACAUGGAAUCCGCGUGUCUCUCCCCUCGAGGACCAUGCUGCGAAAGCAAGCGCUGAACAAUCUCACUUUUACAGUUCCCAAGAAUCGAAAGCCCAAGUUCGACCUCACCCUGCACAUCAUCGAUCUGACGAACAUUCCUCUGAUCUGCGGCACGGCCAGCGUACGAUGGCAUCUGCCCUCUUCGAACGCAGCGGAACACCGCGGACGGACCGAAAAGGCUCCUAUCCUCGAACACAAAGCGACAUGGGACUACUGCAAGGAGAUCCCGGUGCGCCUGACGAUCGAUAAGACGGGCAUGCUCCAGGAGUGCGCACUACACUUCGAAAUACUGCAGGAAUUUCGCGAAGGCGGAAGAGGCGGCCGAGUACACCUGGGAAAUGUGAGACUCAACCUGGCCGAGUACGCACGACUUCCGGAGGACGCGAUCACCGACCGCGAUCCUCAAGACGAGAACGCAGAUGGCGGGAUCACCCGCAGAUACCUGCUCCAAGACAGCAAGGUCAACAGCACGUUAAAGAUUGGGAUCAAGAUGAAGCAGACGGAAGGGGACACGAAUUUUAUUGCUCCUCCGCUCAAGUCGGCCAUGGUGAUCGGCGGAAUUGCCGGAGUCCUAAAUGCAGAAGCCGGCGAGGGCGAUGACAUUCCCAGCAUCACGAGCAAAACCAGGGAACUAUCCGAAGCACAAGAUAUAUACCGGCGCACACUGGCUGCAACCUGGGCUUGCCAGGCGGGCGAGCUACCACCAGAUAAGCUGGUUGAGGAUCUUUUCGCCGGCGGAGAUGGCGGGUGUCUACCUCACGUGCCGAACAAGUCUGGUCUGCGCCAAAGAUUAGGCCAGCGAGAGGAGGACUUGAACAGCAGCUCCAGCGACGAAACCAAGCGGCCGGUUACGCCGCGCGGGCAGCUCCUCAGCCCACAGACGGCGCAUCACGGUGGGCACAGGAGGACAGGAAGUCGUGAGUCGCCGAAUGCGACACCCACGAUGCAUACGGGCGCUGUGAGUGGGCGGUCGAGUAUAGACCAGCAGUUGCACGCGAGUCAACAGGAGCACCGGCGCAGGGAGCGGCACGAGUGGGAUGAGCAUAGUGAGUUUGAGCUCAGGGACGAUUUGAAGAGUUGGCAGGUACGGGUGAAAUGAUACAGACGAUUUGUAAUGGCCAUCAAUGUGUGCGGCUGUCUCUCCUUCCUCCAUCUGAACUUUUCCGUCUUGCGGCGUCCAACGACAGAGGUCAAAAUUCGUGAGCCAGUGGCGUGAAAUACAGCUGGUUGACUUUGCAGCUUGGUCUUCACAUCUCCGCUUGUUUGGACAAACUGUGGAAAGCUAGCUUCGUGACAUGGAAGGGCUGAAAAUGAGGAUUAUCGAAGCUGCACCAUCACCGAAGUCGAUUUUCGAUCAGUGCUUCGCCAUUGCUCUCUGGGCUGCCAUGCCAUACUUAUACAUCUUCCACAGCAUACCAGUGCUGUGGCCGAAUCUGAUACGCUCGUGCGAGAAGUUAAAGGGCUUCUCGAACCGUGCAAUGCUGAGCUUGUCGUACGCCCUCACCGCCGCCUCGAUCGAAGCAUUCUUGCAGAUUUGCUCCGCCAAAUCCCCGCCGUCCAUAAGGGCAAGAUUCGCUCCCACGAAUUCAUAUGGACUGAGCACAUGAUUCGCAUCACCGGUGAACACGACUCCUCUCAGGCGUGCGUCAUGCUGGAAAGCCUGCUUUUCCAUAGCUGGUCGAACGAACGCGGUCGCUGGAUCUGUGGCUUCAACAACACGUCUGAAGGGUUCCUGGAACAUGCUUGCGGUCUUGAGAGCCUCGUUUUUCAGUGCAACGAACUCUUCUGCUGUGAACUUGGUGUUGGGUUUCCUUUCGGGACCGACUGUGCUCAACGCCCAGCCAAUGGUGUUAUCGUCGAACGGCGUGUAGAUGCAGCACACGCCUUCGCCAGAGGACAUCUGCAGGCCAUAGUCCUCGCGGAUUGGAUCCGGUAAGCCAUCAGGCAGAUGUGAGAUCCCGCCAAUCUGCGUUGCGCCAGUGUACUCCAGCUUCAUAUCGUGGGGCCGUAAUCUAGCUCGGAUCCUGCUGUCCACACCGUCGGCGGCAAUGAGAAGAUCACAGUCUUGGGUCGAAGUAUUAUCUCCUCCCGCGUCAGAUAUGGUAACCCGGAUCUUGCCACUCGACAGCCGCUCCGCGCCUGUGACAGUCGACGCCCAUCUCCAGUUGACAUUGGUCUUCUCGACGGUUUCGAUCAAUAUCCGUUUCAGAUUUUGUCGGGUGAUGCGCAUCGUGGCGGAUGGCAAGUCAGGAUGUGCUUUUGGGUGUAUGGAGGCGAGUUCCUUCCAUUUGUCGCUCCAAACAUGGAUGGCGCCGCUGUUGAGAGUGGCGUUUGCGCGGAUGGCUUCGAGCAAGCCGAGCUGUUUCAGUGCGACAAGACCUUCAUCUCGGUUGUCACCGUUCAAAUUGAGCGUGUACGGAUCUUCUGCGAGGUACGUUUCACGGCUGUGGGCGCGCUCGAAGACUGUGAUCUCGGGACAUUGCUGGGAAGGAUCCCACUGCUGGAUGAGCGCCGAGGCAAAGGCUGUUCCGGCAAUGCCGCCGCCUGCUACGAUUAUGCGUUUGCCAGCGAGGAGGUGGCAUUGUUUGGGUGCCAUCGCUGCCGAUGCGGACUGAUGCUUGCUUGUUGCGUCCUGUCACAGAAGGUCGUUCUUAUAAAUACCAGCUUUCGAUUGACAAGCUCGCGGGAUGCAAGGAGUUUAAUAAAUAUGGUUUCGGGGUUUCCCUCGAUUGUGAGCAGCCAGCUCGAGUUUUUCAAGUACCGUUCGUAUUUGAACAUCUUGAAGAUCACAACUAGGGUUGACAAAGAUCGAUAUCAAACGUAGUCGCAACACCAAAACACCGUCUGCCAAAGGGUGCUGCGGGUCAAGACACGGUACCGGAUCAAUCAAUGUUUCCAUAGAAAGAUCGGAACCAUUUGGCAAUCGAAGAGUCGG